CACGCCCGCCUGUGCCACGCGUCUCCGUGCUGCCAUUGUCGUGCCCGGCCAGGCUGCUCAACCGCCGCACCUUGGCCGCGCGCCUCGCGCCACGCUCGCCCGUCCCCCGCGCCUCCCGCCACGCCCGACCAGACUGCUCACCUCCCGCUGCACCUCGGCUGCACGCCUGCUCGGGCUGUGCCCCUCCAUGUCUCGCCGUGCCUCCAUGCUGCCUCUCCAACUGCCACACAUCCCCCACCAGCCACGCACCUCAUGCUACGCCUCCUCGACUGUCCUGCCCUCUGUUGGCGUUGAUGGAGCCGUUCUUGCCGUGGUGGAGCCGUUCUUGCCGUGGUGGAGCCGUUCUUGGCAUUCAUGUCCAGAAUUCACGUAAGCUCCCAUCCCGGUGCCCACUCUAUUGCAGAAGAGCAGUGCCUACGGCUGCCUGCAUCCCAAGCUUGCAUCCCGAAGCCCCAAAGACCUCCCUGCUGCUGCACCAAAUUCAUGGAGUCCGUAUGGAGGGAGGGGCCAGCUUCCAGAUCAAAGCAAAAAAAAGUUCACAUAAAUUGAUUUCGCUUCUACACGUAGCAACAACAUUAGCCUUCUUGAGAAAUUCAGGCAAUAAUGGAUAUGAGACGCAUGGUCACAACCUCAUAGAUUCACAUGAUUAAUUUUAUUCCAUCCACCUGCAAGACAUGUCACUUUCUGUUUUUGUCUUGGAGCCAAUCGUCUUUUUAUCAGGUAUUCCUUAUGGCCUCUGUUGUUUUAUUACAAGUCAACUGCAAAAUAUACUACUACUUGCAUAAGAGAAGUUUAUUUAUAAAAAAAUAAAAGUAUGUUAUUUUGGAUCUAGCUGCUAGAAGUAUCAUACCUUCAGGUUAGCUUAAGUGGUUUCCAUAUGCCGAUACCUGCCUACUGCUCUGUUUAUCACAUCGAAACUGUUCAUCUAAUUAAGCUUCAGAGCAAAAGUAUCCUUCAGUCCAUGAAGAUAUUAACAAAUUGACUUCAUAUGUUGUUUCAACAGGCACGAUCUAUCUGAUCUGUGAAGGAGGAUCCAUGGCAUGCUAGGACUAAAACACACUGAAGUUUAAGACAUGCUUUCAGUCAGUCCUAGGAAGUUUCAGCACAUGUUUUUUAAAGCAUUUUCGAUUAUUGAUAUUAUUCAUUGUUCUAUCAAUUUUCUGAUCUUGUGAUCCUUUUUUUUUGUUCAACACAUGAUUUUAUAGAAGGCAAGAGUUGCAGAUAAAGUGGCAGCUUAUCACUGGCUGAGGAUGAGGUAAGUAAAUGUAAUGCCUUUGUAGCUUACCUGUACCUUUCCAUGUUUGAUUGCUCAUCAUGACAAUAUAUGGUUAUACACAUCAACCAAACAUUAUAAAUGAGGAGGAGAAACAAGAGAAGAGCAAGACAUGCUCCACUCAAUCUCCAAUAGACUCUUUGCUUCAUCAGUUCACAAUCUACAUGAAAACAAUUUUUAUUUCAAAGCUCGAUGAAACUUGGUUAAUCUAAGAUAUAUUAAGUGCAUCUAAAUUAUGCCAUCUUUAAUAACCUCUUUCUUGCUAUUGACAAGUUGAGCAAGUUUCUCCUGCAGCAAAGAUAUUCCAUGCAGGAACUACCUUUGAUAUAGAUGGAAACUUUACAGCGGCUGGAGGACGCGUGCUUGGGGUCACUGCAAAAGCCACGGACAUCGAGGAAGGAAGGGCCAAACUUAUGAUGGCAUCUUCAGUAAUCUCUUUCUUGCUCAUAAUCAAGAUAAAGGUAAAUCAAAUUCUUCUUUCUCAACACAUCAAACACACUAAUUAUUUUGUUUAAUUUUCUGUCAUUGCCGGUAAAAAAACAACUGCCAAGAUCAUCCACAAAGGAUCAACCCUUACCAUUCAUCGGACAACUGAUCCAGGUACCUCUUAUAGUACUGUAUGCAGCUACAUGUUAAUCCUCAUGUACACCAUCGCAAGUUUGUAAUAUAUGUACAGUCAUGAUGAAUACAUGCAUUUUCAGUCACCACAGUUUCCAUCCAA